AUGACGCAUCUAUUUCUAAAUGAAACAUUGCGAAAGAUGUUAGUAACAAAUGUCAAUCUACUCGUCCAACGAGGGAAAGGUAUUCUAGCAGCAGAUGAAAAUCCAUCGUCGAUAGUUAAACGAUUUCAGUCAAUUAACGUGGAAAACACCGCGGAACACCGUCGAAUCUAUCGACAGUUAUUAUUUACAACGCCUGACAUUCAACAAUAUCUAAGUGGAAUUCUUAUGCAUGAAGAAACAUUUAAUCAAAGUACGGAUAGUUCAAUACCAUUUCCAAUGGUACUUGUUCAGAACGGAAUACUCACUGGUAUUAAGCUCGAUCGAGGUUUAGAAUCAUUAACAAUAAAUACAAAUGAAACAACCACACUAGGUUUUGAUGACUUAGAAAAGCGAUGUGAAGAUUUGUAA